GAGCUUGCGUUUCGGCCAAGCAAACGAGAAAGAGAUAGGGAGCGGCCAAAAACAUCUUCUCUUUAAAGGCAGGGAGUCAGUCCCCUUUCUAUUAUACGGUGUCGUAUCAAACCGAUCGCCUUCCGUUUCCUUCAGUUAGGGUUUUCAUUCUCCGCCUCCGAACCCUUCUCCUGAAAAAAUCAAACCCUGACUAACUUUUCAUCUAUCGUAGGAGCAGAGCUGGUUCAAGCUUUAGAGUAAAUAGGAAAGGGGCUUUUCUUCGUUGAGUUUUGUUGAGGUAUCAGAGAAGAGGAACAUGUACAUCAUGAAUGCUAACACAAGCACUAGGGUUUGCCAUAAUGGUGCAGUUUUUGCAAGAAUAGAUAGAGCUAGAGUUGUACUUUUCUUGUAUAGUUGAGCUUUUAGAUUUAGAAUUGUGGAUAGAUAUUGGUCAAGUAGAUAUAAAUGGAAGCAAAAAUCGUAAAGGCAUCGGAUAAAAUUCGGAAAGUUUUGCUUGACUCAAAAAGAAAGCGGGCAAGCAAGUUUACUUCAUAUUUGAAUGGAGUUAACCAACAAAUGUUACCCCAGUUGCCCACUUUGCGGUGGUUGCAAGAUAAGCCUGGCAAGCGAAGGAAAUUGGACGGUUGCAAAAGCAAGCACAUGAGUUAUGGGUCUAAAUUUGGGAGAUCUUUACUCAAAUAUUAUUCAAAUUAUGUGAAAACUGAGACACCAAAGCGUCUAAUGUUAUAUCAGAAUGGCGAAUGGAUUGAUUUUCCCCAGGGUAUUGUUGAUAUGGUCAGGGAAGUUUUCCAGGUAAAGAAGGCUACUAUGGAGAUUGAGUUAAAUGGCCAUCGUUUUGUCCUUGAUUUUUUGCAUAUGUUUCAAAUGGACUUGAAAACAGGUUUACAGAAACCAAUUGCUUGGAUCGAUGAAGCAGGUAGCUGCUUCUUUCCAGAAAUUUUUGCAGAUGAUGACGAACUUUUUGAUUUCCAUCAACCUAAAAGUGGGAAAUAUCAAAAUCCUGGGGUUGAGGAGCCUUCUGGGUCUCAUGAGAUCAAGCUGCUGCUGGAAAUUGAAAUAAAUGGAGUGGAGGAAUCUGCAUUGAAGGAAUGUAGUGGGGAGUCAAAUUCCCUAGCUACGCAGAUUCAAAUCAAUCAUAAACCUGCAAGCAAUCACCACAAUGUACAUGCCGAAGAUAGUUGCAAUUUUGAACCUGAUGCAAAACAUGAUGAAGCUGCUCAGGAAAAUAAACAGAUGAAUAUAGAUUUGGUCUCCAUGCCUGAAUCUGAAAAUGCAGAAUAUGAUCGUAAUGCUGUUCAGAAGAUGUUCGUUAAGGGUAUUAGUGCUUUUGGGGGUGCUGAAAUUGUUGAGAUAAGCUAUUGCUCAAGUGCUUUGAUGCAAGCUCGCUUUGAGCUUUUCCAGACACAGGUAGAACUAACCAGGAAGUGUCGUGGGGAUGCGAAUGUUCGAUAUGCUUGGAUUGCUUCUUCUAAAGCGGAGCUUCCUACAGUAAUGACAUAUGGGCUUGGACAUUGUGGACCAUCCACAAUUAAGUCCAUGUAUGGCAUUGGUGUUCAUCUCUCAGCUGCCAACAGCUCUCACAUAAGUGCAAGUCAUUGUGAUGUUGACGAAAACGGGGUACGACACAUGUUUUUUUGUCGAGUGAUAAUGGGAAAUAUGGAGGCUGUUUGUCCUGGCACUAGACAAUACCGUCCCAGUUGCAAGGACUAUGACAGUGGAGUGGAUGAUCUUGAAAAUCCGCGAUUUUAUAUAAUCUGGACUAUGAAUAUGAAUACUCACAUCUACCCAGAAUUUGUUGUCCGUUUCAAGAUCUCUUCCAAAGCUGAAGGGCCUUUGGUUGGAAAUGAGACUAAGCACGAUGUUUCAGGGAUUACUACAUCUUUUCAGAUGCCUCAGGGCCAACGUUUAGAGUCUUCUCCUGUUGAUAUGGAGAGCAUAAGUCAACCAAUUUCAGAUUCUGGGAGAUCCGAGGGGAAAGCUGCUAGUCUAGGUUCAAGCAGCACUAGAGCUCCUAAAUCUGCUUGGAUGCCUUUUCCCAUGUUAUUUGAUGCUAUCUCAAAUAAAGUUCCUCCCAAGGCUAUGGAAGAAAUUAAUAUGCAUUAUCGCUUGUUCAGGGCAAAAAAUAUAGAACGGGAUGAAUUUAUCAGAAGGUUGAGAUUGACAGUCGGAGAUACUUUGUUAAGGUCUACAAUCACAAAUCUUCAAUGCAAGGUACCAGUGAAAUCUAAAUUUGAUCCGGAAGUGCUGAAGCCUAACAUAUAAAAAGGUUCGAGAUGCCGUUAAUCAACUGUGGCACAUUUCAGCGUUUGAAUAUGGUGGUGCUUAAGGAGUUAAGAUCUUGGACUUUGCAUGCUGUAAAUGCGUCGACUUCAAAGUUGUGAAUAUUAUUAGAACUGCUAGUAGUUUUACUAUUUUAUUUUUUAUUCGUGAUCUAAUUUUAUGAAGUGGAAGUUGGAACAUGGGAUUUACUCCGUACUUGUGGGUUUUAAUUUAUCUUUGUCCGUUGAAUUUGCUAGACUUUGAUGCUUGUGUUUGAACGAGCAAUAUUUUAAAUAUUAUCAGUGAGUUCUUAUUUUC